CAGCGUUUGUGGUUUCCAAUGGCAACCGCAAGCCGAUCUCCAGAGAGCUACUGUCGCAGCGAACUGUCCCGUUCCGAGAAGAGAGGAGGCAAAGCGAGGCAUUGCUUUUCCGACAAGUGAAGCUUAUCGCGUGGGAGUAAAAAAGAGAGAGGGACCGCCUGGUCAUGACUGCUUUGGUUCGUCCUGGAGUCCGAGUUUCAGAGCUGUGUGCAGAUGGGGACAGGUUCCUUCAAAAUGGAAACCUGGGGAAGGCUACCUCACUGUACAUGUCUGCCUUCAAGACUCACGCCAACUCUACUGUAUCCCACAUAAGGAAACUGGAGAGGUCCAGUCUGGGAAAGGUCAUCUCUACUCUAGAAGAAUGGCGGGCUUGGCUGCGAGGAAAUUUUUGCCCGCUGCACAGCUCUGCUUGAAGGCAAACGUAAUCUUCAUCCAGAAGAAAUUGCCACUAGAUCCUGCAGACCAAUCACCCCGGGAUGGCCCUGAGAGGAAAGCCAGGCUCUUAACCUGCCGAGCAGCUGCUUGCCUCUCAGCAGGUGGGAAAACUGCUGAGGAGUGCACAGAUCUGAGAGAGGCAUUUGAGAUCCAUCCUGCCACCGCCAGAACUUACUUCAAAAAGCUCUUCACUGAUUAUGGGACAGGGAUGGCAGCUCGCAACCACCUUCGUCAGCAGGCAGAGAGGGGUUUGUCUGGCUUCAGAGAGAGGGUCCUUGUCCGUGCAGACCUAAGAUCUACAGAGGGAGUUGAACAUCUGGACCCUGUGAUCACUGCCCUACGGACUCUGUGCCAUUUGGAGCCUGAUGGAGGAGGCAGAGAGCUGCGGGUGAGACUGGCUGACUGCCUUCUUCUUAGAGGGGAGCACAAAGAGGCUCUCUCUAUCUGUAGCCAACUAGCUGCUGCCCAAGGACAACAGAGCUAUCAAAACACAGUCCAGGUUCUUUGUGGAUAUGCCCGGCUUCUCUCUGGGGACCACAAGGGGGCAUUAAAAGACUUCCAAGCUGUAAUAGAACACAACACCCCUCACCCAUCCAGCUGUGUGCGAGCACUUUGUGGCAGGGGGCUGUUGCGCAUGAUGUCUGGGUCAAAUUACCUGACAGCUCUGGACUAUAUCACAGCCAGCAGUCUGGAUCCUCAGGAAACAAAACUGACUGUCCGCUGCUUGGUGCCGUGGAACUUCAGGGGGCUGCUGUUUACAGUUCUGCUAGAACAGGGGCGAGUCAUGUUGGAGGGGUCAGUAGAGGACAAAUCCAAGUCCAGUUCAAGGGAAGAGCAGCAGCAGGGGCAGCUUCAGCCCCCAUCAAAGAGAGAAAGCCUCAGAUCAGGAACUCCUACUGGUGUUCAUUCUCUGGCUGGGUUGCUCAUGGACCUUCAGCCCCAUGCUGACGGGCCUGACAUGCUCACUGCAGAUGCCUUGUACCAGCUUGGCCGGGUAGAGGAGGCCUACAGAUUACUUCUGUCUGCAGGUACCCCCAAUCCACGGGCUCCUCUCCUGGCUCGCCUCGCACUCCUGCAGCUCCACAGAGGCUUUCUUUACGACACCAAUCAGCUGCUCAAAAAGCUUCUUGCGUGCGGAGAGACGAGCUGCCUGCGCAGCCUGCUGGCUGUGGCACAACAGAAAGACCGAGCCCUGCUGCAGGGACACUGUCACACAGCCGCUAAACGCAUCCUGGACGGCUCAAGGGAGGAGAGCUCCGUCAGGGAAGCUGUGGCAUAUCUCUCUAUUGCCAUCAUGGCCUCUGGGGCCAAGGUGGCAGAUUCCCUACUGGAAAGAGCGAGGUGUUAUGUAUUACUGGGCCAGCGAAAGACAGCCAUAUUUGAUUUCAGUGCCAUUUUAAAGGAGCAUCCGAAACAUGUUCAGGCUCUCUGUGGAAGAGGAUUCACAUACCUAACGCUCAACCAACAAAAGGAAUGUGUUCACGAUAUCCUCACAGCUCUUCAGGUAAAAGCUGACACAGUCAUCAAAGAGAUCCUGUCACUCAAGGAUAAAGCUCAGACGCUGGUCUGUGAUUGGCUGCAUCAGUUCUGUCGCACCAGUUUGUCAAACACUGUGAUCGCUCAUUCUGUCCCAUGCCGCAAUGAGCAGCUCAGGGAUGCUUUCACAAUCGGUGGCGCUUUGAUGAGGACAGACAGCAGAGACCGUAGAUGGCAUCUUCUCUAUGUGGACAUACUUUUAGCUAAAGGUGAUGUUAAGGCAGCUUCCAGCCAUCUCUGCCAGGUAUUUGGCCAGGAACCAAGGGAUGCAGCAGCCCAGGCCAGACUGGGGGUGUUGGAAACCUGGCAACAAAAGUACUGCAGCGCAGCCCACAGACUCAGCAAAGUCAAUGAGAAAGAUUCAUCUAGUCUGGACUUUCUGCUGGCUUUGAUCCCAUUUAAUCAGCGAAAAUGCACGGCACAGGCUGCAGCACAGGAAGCCAGCAUGUUGUCAUCAGCUGGUCAGUGGGAUCAGGCUAUCACACUCCUGACGGUAGCAGUACAAGCUGUGGGCCAUCACAGAUCACGGUAUCUUCGCCAGCGGGCCGCCUGCUUUGCACAGCUUGGCUUACAUGAGCGGGCCAUAGCUGACCUGGACAGAGUUAUCCAGAAACACGGUCAACCUGACCCUAGCUGCACAAACGACCCCAGAAUCUGCGUGGAGGACAUGUGUCGGCGAGGCCGCAGUUUGGUGCUCUGCUCCAGAGAGGGAGCAGCUCUGGAAGACUUCACACAAGCUCUGGGUCUCCACAAGGAGCAGGCCCUCCAGUGUGUGGAGGCAGGUCUGGGAAGGCAGCGUCUGGCUGAGUGCUUCAUGCGAGGGGCUCUGCAGCAGUAUGGGGAGCAGCAGCUCAAUAAAGCAUGGACUCUGAUCGAAUGCGGCCUGGUCGUGGACGGUGAAAACGCAGAGCUGCGCAGACUCAGAGCAAGGGUCAAACGAGACGUGGCCAGCCCUUGCAAUGUCAACUAGAAACAUUAGGUGAACACAGAAGGCUCAUGUCUGUUGGAGGAAGGAUCAAACUAAUGAAACAUCUUCUGGAUUUUUAUAGGAUAAAUCAUGGUUAUUCAUGACAUUUCUUUGGUUCAAUUCUUCCAAGUUCAAUUUAACUUUAACAACAAUGUUUGUUGGCAAUAGGCAUCUCCAUGAUGAAAGAAUGUUUAAUAUAAAAAGGCAAAUAUAUUGUUAUCGUUUAGAUAUUGAGCAACACAAUCAAAGAACUUUGUUAGCGUAUAUACAUUUACCAUUAGAAAAUUAGUAAAGUCAUUGAUAAACAAAAACAAUCUAAAUAGGUGCUUAUUUUACUGAGAAGGUAGAAGAAUUAAGAAAGUGCCAAAUGUGCAGGUUUCAUGUUUUUAAAAUGCGGGAGGCAUUUAUUUAAUUACAUUCAUGGCAGCAAACACUCUUUAAAAUGCCAAAAAAUACAGAAAAGCAAAAAUAAAUAC